AUGCCGCUAGAUUGUUUACCUUUGUCACAACUUACUUCGGCGAGUGAAGUUUGUAAAGUCAAAAUUCGUAUUCUGCGUAUUUGGGGAUUUCCAAAAAAACAUAGAGCAAAAGAAUUAUCAGGAAUCGAUCUUCUUCUUGUGGAUGAGAAGGGUGAUAGAAUACAAGCCUCUGGUAAAGGAAAUUUACUCUCUAAAUUCGAAAAGCAAUUACAAGAAGAGGAAUGUUGUCUCAUCAUGAACUUCGAGUUAGCCAAUAAUAUUGGAAGUUUUAGAUGCAGUUCACACCCUUACAAGAUCAACUUCAAUUUCUAUACGUGUGUCAAACCAUGUGACCANAUUCCUAAUUUGUCAAAACGUUUCAACUUCUGCCCUUUUCCUAACAUAAUAGAUCGGACCAAUGAUGAUAAUAUAUUUGUUGACAUUCUUGGUGAGGUUAUUGGGAUGUAUGAUCUAAGAGAUGUAAAGACUUCUGAGGGCCCUACAAAGGUCCGAAAUCUUCAAAUCAAAGAUCUAGGGCUUUCAGUCAUUGAUGUUGCUUUAUGGGGUAAACUUGCAGAANACGUCCAUUCUGAACUUCAAACGAAUACAGAUGCUCCAGUUGUUUUAGUUGGCAGCUUGAUAAAGACUAGACUAUAUAAUGGUCGUAAAGGAACUGUUCAAAGUUCAAAAUUCGCAAGCAAAGUCUUUAUCAAUUCCACAAUGCCAAAGAUAACUCAAUUUAAAGAAGCUUUGCUUGAGGGAGAAGAAAGGUCAUCAUAUGCUAUUGUUCCAAUCCCAUCUUCUAACUCAAUCCAGAUUUCCAAACAUACAUUUUCCUUAUCUGAGCGCAAAACAAUCGACCAAAUCACAGAAUUGAACGCUGGUCAAAGCUAUGACAUACUUGCAAAAAUUGCCUCCACACGUUCAGGAAAACCUUGGUUUUUCAUCGGUUGUACAGUCUGCUACACAAACGUAGUUCCUUACUUCAAUCCUGACACUGAAUAA